AAGAAAAAAGCACUGCCUGUUUUAGACAAUACCCAGUGAGAUGGGGAAAUGGCUAGGAAUCAGAAGUGCGAGCAUGCAAAUGAAAUUUCAAACACAUAGGAAGGAAAUGCUAUGACUGGGUACAAGGUGUGUGACCUCUCUCUAUGCAAUGGCUUGCCAUUAGGCAAUGCUGGUGCUGAUCUUAACAGAAUCAGUCCACGGACAUUAUAUCACAAGCAUCUCUUUUAAAAAUGUGUGUUGCACAGAAAAAAACAGUAGAGAGCAGUAUAUUUGUUUCCUACCAAAUGGUUUUAACAUGUAUUCUCAUGUACAGCACCAGCACUUCUCCUGCUGCUGCUGCUGUCUCCCCCCGAAGGCCAUCUUUUUAUGUGAUCAUGUGGGUGAAAAUUUGUCCCUUUGGCUUUUGUGCUUGCUGGCUGGACCAUCGAGAGAUCCUUGGUAUGCCAAAAGCAAGCGCAAAUGUAGGAUCGUUGAACACCGUUUUCCCUGUUGGAACUUAAAAUCCUUGGCUAUUAAUUGUGUUUUCACUUUUUAACCCAAUUGCACCCUGUUAGUCUCAACAAUGUGGGUUUUUAAAAAAAGGUUUUUAUGAGCUCAGAUUAGUAGUGUGUGAAGAAUUUCACUAUAAGGGAGGGGUACCUUUCCAGUUGUUGCUGGACUACAACUCCAAUUAUCCUGAUCAUGGCCAAGCUGGCUGGUUCUGAUUAGUGUAGUACAUUGGAUACCCCUGCUGUAUAAGGUGUGUUUCCUGCCCUAUAGAACAAUUUCACUGAAGGAAGAAGUGUGGGUGUGUUAAGGAUAGAUCACGUAUACAAGAAUCUAGAUCUGAUCCAGUGGCUGAGAAUUGGGGAAAUGCACCCCAUUUCCCCCCUCUCAGCCCCAUGCCAUCCUGUUGUGUCUAUGCUGUACGGCUCUGCUUUCGUUUCUUCAGGGCUGUGGGGAAGACCUGUCUGUUGAUCAGCUACACGACCAAUGCCUUCCCCGGAGAAUACAUCCCCACUGUGUUUGAUAAUUAUUCUGCCAACGUCAUGGUAGAUGGGAAGCCAGUAAACCUGGGCCUGUGGGAUACAGCAGGACAAGAAGACUAUGACAGGCUACGACCUCUUUCCUACCCACAGACAGAUGUUUUCCUGAUCUGCUUCUCACUGGUGAGCCCAGCUUCCUUUGAAAACGUCCGAGCCAAGUGGUACCCAGAAGUUCGACAUCACUGCCCCAACACACCAAUCAUUUUGGUGGGCACCAAGCUGGAUCUGAGGGAUGACAAGGACACCAUUGAGAGGCUGCGUGACAAGAAGCUGGCUCCCAUUACCUACCCUCAAGGUCUAGCUAUGGCCAGGGAAAUUGGUUCGGUCAAGUACCUAGAGUGUUCUGCCCUUACACAGCGUGGCCUCAAGACUGUCUUUGAUGAAGCCAUCCGUGCUGUGCUCUGUCCUCCCCCCGUGAAGAAGCCUGGCAAGAAGUGCACCGUGUUCUAAGGGCAUCUGAGUUCAGCAUGUUAUGGGUGUCUCUCCUCCUUGUUAUGUGCCAGGAGGAAGCGUUCGCUGGGUGUUCCCGCAAUGGGAGAGGCGGGGCCCUUCAUCAUGUACGAAGUCAGUGUUUUUUAAAUGUCUCUUUGAUUUAACGUCUGUGUCGAUGUAAAAGGGCCGCAUGGGAGGAGGAGGAGCUCAAUGCUGUCCCCACCCCCAGGGCGGAGCAGUGGGAGGUGCAUGCUCCCCAUGUCUCCAUGCCGGGGGGUGGGAGGGGUA